AUGUCGCCGAAGAAACUGCCGCUGGACAAGCUCUAUCUGUACUCGGCACGUGACCAAGUCGCUCUGUCACGUGACGAGGAGGAUCGGCUGCGUCGGCUUGAGGGACAAUAUUUGCAGUCGUACGAUGCCGAGCGGGCCAAGCUUGAGAGCAAGUUGCAGGCCAUCAAUGAGGCCAUGGCGGAGGAGGAGAAGGAGGGGGAGGAGGAAGGAGGUGGAAAGGGCAAGUCCCAGGAGGAGACCUUGUUGCGGCGCAUUUUUGGCGGGGUUCUGGGUCAGAUGGAGGAGGGAGAGGGAGAGAGAGAGGCGAGGGUGGAGGGGGGGUUUGAGAUUGAAGACGAUGAGUAUGAGGAUCUCGGGGAUGUUGGGCGUGGUGGGGGUGCAACAGAAGCAACUACUUCUAUUUCUCCAGAGGAUACUCCUGGGCCACAAUCCGAAUCCCAUUUUGAUCCUGGAGAGGGCAGCAGCGGUUUAGCUGGGUCUGCUGGGUCAGGAGAAACCAAUCAUCUGGCGGAAUCUGACUCAGAGGACGAGUAUGUCCGCCAGCAACGUGAAAACCGCCGUCUUCUGGCCGAGAGACAGGCGCGGGAAGCCGAGCGAGCCGAGGCUGGAGAGACCGAGACCCAGACGGCUAAACAGAAGAUUGUGGGUAAGAAAAAGGGCAAGUCGCUGGCCCGCAAGGAGCAGAAAAAGGCGUACCAUGAGUACACGCGGAUGGUGUCGGAUGCGCGAAAGCGUGAGGAGCAGGAGUGGAUGGAGGAAUACAAGGAGGUUCUGGCGCUACAAAAGUGGGUCCGAAUCCAAAAAGAGGCGCGGGCAAGCUUCGAACUCAUGGUGGAUAGGCUCUAUGAGUCGUUCCUGGCUGAAUUGGAGGUCCAGAGUAGACACAUCUGGCUCGCCCAUCAACAGUCGCAGCUGGAGGUGUCUGAUGGAGGAUACCUGUAUCUUCCCGAGGGCGGAGAUGAGAUUGACCAAGGUGGAGAGAACGUGGUGACUGCCGACGGCCGAUUCUGGGUGACACUGACCCCCCAUGAGAGACAGGUAGUGCUGGAGUUCAUUAGAGACAAGGGCCGGGUUGAGUUGGACGAGCUGGCUGAGUUGGUGCGAGAGUUGAAGACCCGAGAGUGA